GUUAGGAAUUCUUCGAAAAAGGUUGACGACCUUAUUAAUACUGGGAAUAUCCAAGCAGCUAAUAUGAUAGCGAUGGGUCUUUUCAAAGGACUUGACGAUGAAGAUGCAGGAAGUAAACACCAUAAAUACAACGGACACAAAAAAUACAACGAAUAUCUAUUCUGAAGAAGAAGUGGAUGAAAAUUCAGAUCAUCAUGAAAAGAAAAAAGAAGCACUUAAAAUCGUCGGAAAACUCGUCGAAGGUUUGCCGGAGGACCUUGAUUCACGGAGACAGAUCAUUGAUACCCUUUCAUUUGCAGUGGGGGGCGAUGUACCGAAGGACACUCAGAAACAAUCCCUCGAUGCCUGCCUCAAAACGUCUACCUUUCUUAAUGAUGAGGCCGAGGAAGAUAUUGGGAAUGUUAUUAUUGAGGAUACAUCUCUUGGUCUGACAAAAUUGUGUGGCAAUGUAUUAGCCAUAUCGUCAAAGACUCAAGCUAAAAUACGUGAAAAACAAAAGAAUAAUGAAACUGUUCCGUUAGAAGACACAGAUGAGGUUAAUCGCAACGUUGAUCAAGCAUUCCAAAUUGUAAACGUAACAACUGACUCCAUUCUGAAGAAGAAAGUGCCGGAUGAACAAAGUGUUUUAAUGAAGACAGAUAAUUUACAACUUUCACUUCGUCGUGCCAGUGCUCAAUUAACAAACGGAUCGUCUGUGAAGUUUUCAAGUGACAAUAAUGCGACAGUAGAUCUCCCAGAUGAUUUCGAUGUUGGAUCUUUGGGUGGCUCAAAAGCCGUAGACAUUGUGGGACUGUUUAUAAGGGAGAAUCCUUAUCAAACAAGUACCUCCAAUACCUCAGCUGUUGUUGACUCGAGCUCGAUUUCCUUGGAACUGAAACAAGAAGAUGGUACCCCUCUCAAAGUACAAAAUUUACCUGAUUAUCUUACCAUUAAGAUUCCACGAAAAGUGCCUGAAAAUGAAACCGAGAAUGAAAAUAAUGGAAACAGUACGAUUUACAACAAGACAAAGUCUGAAAGAACACAAUUAGAUAAAUUGGUGGUCUAUGUUCUUCACUUAAGCUCUGUAAACAAUGCAUAUGUCGUUGAGAUUAAACCACACGAUAAUAUGACAAACUUUACAGUCUACUGUCGUCGGGAAGGGACUCCGACUCUGAAAAAAUACGACUUCAAUUAUACAUUCAAUGUUAACUCUACAGACCCUCUGUUUUUGGGAAAUGAUACAAUAAAUGGUCUCAAGUAUUAUGUUGGAGUUGCAAGUAGCGUCGGAAAUGAAUUCGUCCAAGCAAAUUAUACAUUUAUAUCGUAUCAAAUUGGCUGUAAUUUUUACCACGAAGCGAACAAAUCUUGGAUCUCCGACGGUUGUAAGCCCGAUCGUCGUUCAACUCAGGAGUUGGUUGUAUGUUUGUGCAACCACGCUACGUUGUUUGGGUCGAAUUUCCUGGUGGCACCCAAUAAGCUUGAUGUCGCUGCACAGAUCGAUAACCUGGCAAAUCUUGCCGACUAUCCUGCACUUCUCGCAACCAUUUGUGUCAUUGCUGGAGUUUAUCUUUUUGCAAUGGUUUGGGCACUUAGAAAGGAUCGGAAGAAAUCUUACAAGACUACUCUCCACUGUGCCGCUGAUAACGAACCAUAUGACAACUGCAGAUAUGAAGUAACUCUUUUCACUGGCAGCCGACGAAAUGCCGGCUCAACAGCAGAGGCAUCCAUAAUAAUAACCGGAGAUAAUGGUGACAGCGAACCGCGUUUGUUACAGCGAACGUCAGCGCUCUCCUUCAAAAGAACAUCCCAAGAUUCAUAUCUUGUUACCACAGCGAACUCUCUAGGCUCCUUGCAGUAUAUACGUAUAUGGCAUGAUAACUCUGGUCCUGAUCCAUCAUGGUUCCUAUCUGAGGUAAUCAUACGCGAUGUUGAGAGUGGAGAACAAUAUUUCUUCUUGUGUAACAGUUGGCUUGCUUGUGACGAAGGCGAUGGUUUGGUUGAAAGACUGAUACCAGUCGCAGGCCCCGAGGAACUAAAAGAUUUCCAAUAUUUAUUCAUGCAAAACACUACGCAAGGAUUCAGCGAUGGACAUUUGUGGUUCUCCAUUGUUCUCCGUCCCGCUCAAAGUCGUUUUACUCAUGCGCAAAGAGUCACCUGCUGUCUAUGUCUGUUGCUCUGUACCAUGCUGGUGAACGCAAUGUUUUUCAAAGUGCCUGUGGCUGCUGAGAACAAUGUUGACGUCGACGUCGGUCCAUAUCAGUUCACCUGGCAUGAAAUAAUGGUGGGAAUACAGUCCAGCUUGAUCGUAUUUCCAAUCAACUUGCUUAUUGUAUCCAUCUUCAGACGCAUCGCUGCCAGACCCACAAAGAGUUCAAAAUACCUCACUGGAGGCAGUUCAGCAAAACCAAAGAAAACUCCAGGCGUUGCUAUAAGUUUGGGGGACAUCGAAAUGGACAGGAAUAAAAGAAAAAAUCAAUCGAAAAACCAAGCAGAUGAAACUCCACAUGUGGAGACACAAGGAACUACGAGAAUGCGUCUUCUUCCAUGGUGGUUUGUGUUCAUAGCAUGGUUCUUGGUGAUCACUACUAGUCUAACAGCGGCUUUCUUUACCGUACUUUAUGGUCUUCAGUUUGGUAAACGACGACAAGAGCAAUGGUUAACAGCAUUAGCUAUCUCAGUUUUUCAAGAUAUUCUGGUGUCACAGCCUAUCAAGAUAUUUGCUUUGUCUCUUUUUGUGGCAUUUGUUAUCAGGAAACCAAACAAUGUUGACGUGAAUGAGGAGAAUGAUAAAUUGAUACAAGAUGAGAGAUGGAUUCGAGAAAGUUUGCAUAACGCAAAUCCAGACGGCAAGGUGAGGGCAAAGGCUGAACGGAAGCCACCUGAUGAAUUAAAAUUAAAAAAGAUGAGACUUUACCGUCAGAAAGAGAGGAAGAUGUUCGGUGUUUGUCGUGAAGUCAUACAGUUCUUUUUCUUCUGGUGGAUUGUUUUGCUAAUUGCUUAUGGUCAUCGUGAACCGGAUGCCCACAGAUUGUCUACAUCUAUGGAGAAAACAUUUACAGAUCUUAGUGAUGAUAGUGAGAAUUUUGCCUUUAAAAGAGGAUCUCUCAAACAUGAUAUUUUUAUGACAAAAAACAAAAAGGAUUUAUUGAUGUGGAUUACUGAAGUCAUAAUCCCGGGGCUCUCGCAUGAAAAGUGGUACAACAAUAUGACUGAUAAAGCGGGGUGUUAUAUAUCAGACGGAGUAGGCUAUCUCAUUGGGAGCCCUAGACUGAGACUUUUGCGAAUAAAAGAGGAUACCUGCGACAUAUCUUCAGAACUCGAGGGUAAAAUCGACGGUUGUGAAGCUGAGUAUUCAUUCUCUGAUGAAUAUCGAGAAAAAUACAACGAUGUUAAGUGGGUGCCUUCCAACAUGUCUGCCGCCGGCUACAUGUGGCAAUACAGAACCCAAACUGAACUUUAUGAAAGACCGUUCUGGGCAGAUCUGGCGACAUAUCGAGGUGGUGGUUAUGUCCUUAAAUUGGAAAAGAAGAAAGAUGAAGCUCUCCGACAGAUCAAUGAACUGAAUGGAACCUGGUGGAUUGAUGGAAAAACACGUGCUGUCUUUGUAGAGUUCGCGUUGUUUUACCCCGGAAAGAAUCUUCAUUGUAUUAUUACAAUCUUGUUUGAGUGUCCUGCAUCUGGGGGAUGCUCAGCAACCUUCCAAAUCCAAGCCACGCGAUUGGAUGAAUUUAUUGGCAACUACAGAAUCUUUGUUUUGGCAUGCGAACUUGUGUUCAUAAUAUCUAUUGCUGUUUUCACGUACAAAACGAUUAAACAAAUGGUAAAUGAAGGCGCCAAAUAUUGGCAUCAGUUUUGGAAUUGGAUCGAGAUGAGUAUCAUUGCUGUAGGUUGGACAUGUUUGGCCUUCUAUAUCCUCCGAUUUAUUGCAAACAAAUGGACAAAGGCAAAAUUCAAUGACGACCCAGAAAACUUUGUUAGUUUCCGUUACGUGGCUACUGCUGACCAGUUGUAUGGAGUUGUUAUUGCUUUUCUGGUGUUUCUUACGUCAAUCAAGUUCCUUCGUUUGUUCCGUUUUAAUCGACGCAUGUCCUUGCUUGGCUCGACAUUAAAGUAUGCCGCUUGGGAUAUGUUCAAUUUUCUUAUCCUGUUUGCAGUGGCGUUUAUUGCAUGUGUUAGUGUCGCGUAUCUUCUCUUCCAAACCAACAUCGACAUGUUUUCAAGCAUCCUGAGCACCACAGAGACCCUGCUGAAUAUUAUCCUCGGAAAAUUCAAGUAUAUGAAUCUAAGUCAUGAUACCUUCGUGGCUAGUGCAGUUGUCUUGGCUGUUUAUUGCAUCGUGGUCGUAUUUCUGCUCAUGAAUGUGUUCCUGGUGAUUCUGAAUGAUGCAUUCAAGGUAGUGAAAGGCGACAACGACCUACAAGAGAAUGAAUACGAGAUCGUCGACUACAUGACAGCACGUUUCAAAUCUUGGCUUGGAUUCCGUAACAAACCAUCGCCAACAAUUUCUGAUUUCGAACACGAGUAUGGAUUUAAGCCAACCUAUGUCGCGCCAUUGAAGAAGAAGUACCAGACUCCAGCCACAGUAAUCCUGGAUAGAAAGAUGCAAGAAUUGUUGGAUUUCGUAGAGAAGCAAGAACAUCGCGAUGUUGUUGAGAAUAUGCGCGUUGAUCAGUUUGAGGACGAUGAUUCCAAGAAAAAAGCUCUGUUGCUUUUGAUGAGCUGAUCAGUAUCAUAAAUAUUAUAUAAUCAUAAUCUAUACAUGAAAGUUUUUCUUUUGUGUCUACAUAUAUUAUUGAAACUACAAUUUUUUAGAAACCCUUUAUGGAGUGGUUGAAUGUUGAUGUAAUUUUUCGAACUCAGGCAGGUGCCUAUAGCUUCACAAAUAAUUGAGAAAAAUAAUUGAGAAAAUAAGAUUGAAGUUGUCAAUUCGGCUGAAAUCUUACUCAAUUUUUUUUCUGAAACCUAAUUAAGGUUCUGUUCAUUAUUAGUUCGCCAGCCAAAGUUAGUCAGAAAAUGGACAGCAAAACCGUCCUAAAACGUUACAGCAGACUGUAUUUGAAUUGACAGUCGAAAAAUAUAUUUGCUUUGAAGUUUCGUCAUAAAUUUCUUAAGCUUUUAUUUACAGCUUGUUUCUUGUAAGCAAUGUAUUCUGUGAUCAUAAUUUAAAACAUAGAAAUCUUGUAGAUUGCACAUUAUUCCAAUUAUUUAAUACUGUUUGUUGCAAACAUUUUCCCAUAACUUAUCCCAGCACGAACUCGAAAAUUGGACGAUUUUGUGGAUUUUUGCACUGAAUGUAAUAUUAUAUAAUGAUUCAUUUAUCAUAAUUAUAUUGUUCGCGCUGAUUUUUGUGCAUUGUAAUUUAUUUGUAAGAAAACAUCAUGACUUGUGUAGCGAAUUUGUAAGAAAAUAUCAUGACUUGUGUGGCGAAUUUGAAAUAAACGCGUAAUCAUUA